ACACCCAAAAAAAGGUAAGGAAAAAAAUUGAAGCGUCGUAACCAUCUAGCUUGAUUCGCAAUUCCUACCCUCUCCUGCUUUCUUCUCCGCAGAGGAAAUCCAUGUGGGUGCAUCUCCAUUUUCUCUCUCUAGAAUCCAUUCUGUCCCUAUCUCUCUCUGACAAGUUUGUGUGACCCUUUCUUGACAUUCUUGUUCCCAUUUCAUCCACACACCAAAGCUUGCGUCAAAGUUUGCACUCUUUGAAAUCCUCUCUCUGCUCUUAAUAACUCCUCCCUCCCUCCAUAUGUAUGUGGGUGUACGUAGAUUGUCUUUCCAAUAGAGGGACUUGAGGAUAUGCAUUCUCGUUGCAUUUUCAAUUCUGGGUUUGAUUGAAUUCAAUGGAAGGUAGGUUAGGAGGCGAUGAGAAGAAGAAGAAGGUGGUGGUAGUUGGAGGGGGUGUUGCAGGAUCCCUUGUGGCCAAAACCCUUCAAGAUCACGCCCAUGUCGUCCUUAUUGAUUUGAAGGAGUAUUUUGAGAUCCCCUGGGCAAGCUUGCGAUCACUUGUUGAACCGUCGUUUGCAGAAAGAUCAGUUAUUAACCACUCUGAGUACCUUCCAAAUGCUGAUAUUGUCAUCGCUACUGCAACUAAUGUCACUGAAAGUGAAAUAUUGACAGAACAAGGCCAGUUGAUUGAAUAUGAUUAUCUGGUAAUUGCCACAGGUCAUGUUGAUACUGGUGCCCUAGCUAGAAGUGAGAAGCUUAGUUACUACCAGGCAGAGCAUCAAAAGAUUAAAUCCUCUAAUACCAUACUAAUUAUUGGAGGGGGGCCCACUGGUGUAGAGCUUGCUGGUGAAAUCGCUGUUGAUUUUCCUGACAAGAAGGUGAUAGUCGUGCAUCGGGGAUCGAGGUUGCUGGAGUUUAUUGGGCAUAGGGCCAGUAGGAAAGCCCUGGACUGGUUAACAUCAAAGAAAGUUGAAGUCAUCUUGGAACAAUCUGUCAACUUGAGUUCUGUGUCAGAUGGUGCUUAUCAAACAUCUGGAGGAGAAACUAUCACAGCCGAUUGCCAUUUUAAUUGCACGGGUAAACCCAUGGGCUCGUCAUGGCUUAGGGAAACUGUUUUGAAGAAUAGCUUGGACAUUCAUGGAAGGUUAAUGGUCGAUGAAAACUUGAGGGUGAAGGGUCGAACGAAUGUUUUUGGAAUUGGAGAUAUUACUGAUCUUCCUGAAAUCAAACAAGGGUAUUUGGCACAAAGGCAUGCUCAGGUGGCUGCCAAGAACUUGAAGCUGUUGAUGACAGGAGGAGAAGAAUGCGAGAUGGGUAUAUACAAGCCAGCUUGGCCACUAGCAAUUGUUUCACUCGGGAGAAAUGAGGCUGUAAUGCAGAUUUUCUUUUUAACGAUAAUCGGAUGCAUCCCGGGCAUGAUUAAAUCCCGGGACUUGUUUGUGGGAAAGACGAGGAAGCAACUUGGUCUCAAACCUGAUCUCCCGUAGGCCACUGAUGGAUUACCUCCUCCUCCUCCUUUUAAUCUAUGUAUACUGUACUAGUUUUUUCCUAACUAUUUUGAAACAUCGAACGCGUCGUUUUGUAGGAACCUGAAUCAUUGAAACAAUCUAAUAUACGCGUGCUGUGUAAA